AUUGAAAAAAAUCUGAAACCAUGGGAUUACUCAUGGGAUACAUCUAUUGUACAAAAUAGUCAACUAUGUCAAGAUCCUUAUAAAGAAGUUACUGAAAACUAUUUCAAAGACAUACAAAGACAUUGUAGGCAUAGAUCUGGGAAUGAAAAGAGUUGUGUCAAAUUUACAUAUACUGCAAUGCAUGGUGUUGGGACACUAGCUGCUGCUACUGCAUUUCAAGCAUUUGGAUUUCAACCAUUUGUUCCAGUCAAAGACCAGGUUGAACCUGAUCCUGACUUUCCAACUGUCAAAUUUCCAAAUCCUGAAGAAGGUAAAAGUGCCUUAAACUUGGCAAUGAAAACAGCUGAUAAUCAUAGUAGUACUGUGAUACUUGCUAAUGACCCUGAUGCUGAUAGGUGUGCUGUAGCUGAGAAACAACCUGGUGGUCACUGGAAGAUAUUCACAGGCAAUGAAACUGGUGCUCUCCUUGGGUGGUGGGCGAUAUAUACUUAUAAAGAGCAGUAUGGACAAGAUGUAGAUAUGUCAGAUGUUUACAUGAUUGCCAGCACUGUAUCAUCAAAGAUUUUGAAAGCAAUUUGCAGAGAGGAAGGUGGCCAUUUUGUGGAAACAUUGACUGGCUUCAAGUGGAUGGCAAACAAGGCUGUCAAUUUAGAAAAGAAAGGAAAAACAGUCCUUUUUGCAUUUGAAGAAGCAAUAGGAUUCAUGUAUGGCACCCAGGUACUUGAUAAAGAUGGUAUCAGUGCAGCAGUAGUCUUGGCUGAAAUGGCAUCCCAUCUGGCAACUAACAAUAUAACAUUAACACAACAACUAGAUAUUAUAUUCUCCAG